AUGGUUCUUUCCGACCUCGGUAGGCGCAUCAACAGCGCCUUCCAGGACCUUUCCAAGGUCCCCACCGUCGACGCUGCUUCGAUCGACCAACUCCUCAAAUCUGUGUGCAACGCCCUCAUCGAAGCCGAUGUCAAUGUCAAGCUCGUCGCCAACCUCCGCUCGCAGGUCAAAGCCCAAGUCACCGCCCUUCUCAACGACAAGGCCAACGCCAACUGGACCGAUGCGCAGCGUCGUCAGCGCGUCCAGAAGGCUGUCUUUGACCACCUCGUUGCACUCGUCGACCCACAGCACGGACAGACCAAGACCGAGGACGACUCGGGCGCAGUCGUCGCAGCCGGAAAUGCAGGGCCAGGCGACAUCUUCAAGCCCAAGAAGGGUAAGCCCAACGUCAUCAUGUUUGUCGGUCUCCAGGGUUCCGGUAAGACGACCUCGUGUACCAAGCUCGCGCUCUACUACCAGAAGCGCGGCUUCAAGACCGGUCUCGUCUGUGCCGACACCUUCCGUGCCGGUGCCUUCGAUCAGUUGAAGCAAAACGCCAGCAAGAUCAACGUCCCUUUCUACGGCAGCUACACCGAGACCGACCCGGUCGCCAUCUCCGCUGCCGGUGUCGCCAGCUUCAAGCAGAACCGGUUCGAGGUCAUCAUCGUCGAUACAUCCGGUCGUCACAAGCAGGAGCAGGAGCUCUUCGAUGAGAUGCGCGAGAUCGACGCUGCCGUCACCCCCGAUCUCACCAUCAUGGUGCUCGACGCCAACAUCGGCCAAGCUGCCGAGGCGCAAUCUCGUGCCUUCAAGGAAGCCGCCGGCUACGGUGCCAUCAUCGUCACCAAGCUCGACGGUCACGCCAAGGGUGGUGGUGCCAUCUCGGCCGUCGCUGCCACCUCGACACCCAUCAUGUUCAUCGGCACCGGUGAGCACGCUGCCGAUCUCGAACCGUUCCGCGCCCAACCGUUCAUCUCGAAGCUGCUCGGCAUGGGCGACAUCAGCGGUCUCAUGGACAAGAUGGAGGAGAUGCAGAUGAACGGCGGACAGGAACGACAGCAGGAGAUGCUCAAGAAGAUCGGCGAAGGAGGAGUGUUCAGCAUCCGUGAUUGGCGCGAGCAGCUCUCGAACAUCAUGGGCAUGGGUCCGCUCAGCAAGAUCGCAGGUAUGAUCCCGGGCAUGGGCCAGAUGCUCAGCGGUGCCGGCGGAGACGACGAGGCCGCAGGCAGCAAGAUGAAGCGCAUGAUGUUCAUCACCGAUGCCAUGACCGCUGAGGAACUCGACAGCGACGGCAGGAUGUUCACUGCGCCGAUUCGAUCCAAGAAGCCGCCUGCGGAGUCGAAGGAGCUCGCCAUCGCAGAGAGCUCCACUGCCGCGGGAAAGAGCAAGAAGAAGAAGAAGCCACAGCCAAAGAUGCGCAUGACCGCUCGGGCGCGUCGGGUAGCCCGCGGUUCAGGAACGUCCGUCCGAGAGGUGGAAGAGUUCUUGAUGCAGUACAGGAUGGUGGGCGGCAUGGUCAAACGCUUCGGUGGCAAAGACGGUUUCUUGCGUCAGAUGGGGAUGGGAGGACCAGGAGCGAAGGGUAAGAUGCCCGCACCAGGCCAGCUGCCACCCGGCAUGUCGCGCGAGCAGGUCAUGCAGAUGCAGAACGCGCUGCCGCCGGAGAUCAAAGCGCAGUUGCGUCAACCAGGCGGAAGAGAGAAGCUCCUGCAGCAGAUACAGAGCGGCAACAUGCCAGAGGGGCUGGCGGGCAUGGGAGGCAUGGGCGGCAUGGGAGGCUUAGGAGGUCUCGCCAACAUGAUGGGCGGCGGAGGAGGAGGGAUGCCGAAUAUGGCUGCGAUGCAAAAUAUGAUGUCGCAAAUGGGUGGAAUGGGCGGAAUGAUGAACAUGAUGAAGGGCAUGAUGGGCGGAGGAGGGGCAGGCGGAGCUGGAGGAGCAUGA